UCGGUGAACAUAAACAGCGAUCCAAAAGAUCCAAUAGCUUUAAUCGCUGUUAGAUGCUGCGAUAACGCUCGAAUAACGUGUUCACGUGGGGGGUGGCGUAAGAACCUAAGGAAAGGUUAAAAGUACAAUUGCAGUGGAAGUGAUUUCUCCUCGGAAUUACUUCCUCUAAGGCCUCACUCGAAACAGUGUAGCUUUUAAUUUCUUCAGUAAACCGACGUUAUUGGCUUGCGCAGUGCCGCUUCCAGUUGGAGAAAUCUUGUAUCAGCCGGAGGAGUGGAUCUAAGGCUUGUCCUGCGAGGUGCUUCGUACAACGCCCAACAGCCGCGUUACGUCCCUGCUCUGCUUUUAAAUAACCGGCUUGGAUGGGGCUGUAAGAGCUCAGCUCUGGCAGCCUGGGCUGCAAAACCCGCCUGCGAGGCUGUAAAUGCCAUUCUCGUGAGUGUGCAAGGAACCUACAGAACUGUAAUGUCUAACCCUACAUGGAAUAACAACUCUUGGAAGGCUGCUGCUACUCAAGUGUAGGCAAACGAUUAACCUCUCCAUCACCAUCAGUCGACGAAUCGUGGAGUUGCCGUAGCAGACAGUCAAGCCAGAUGAGUCUAAACCGGCUUCUGCUUUUUUCCUGCCUGGAACAUUCAUCCUUUGUGGUUUUCUCAGCAAGUGUGGCCACCAAGAGCAGCUUUUGCAGGCCAGGAGUGUUCAGUGGGAGCCCCGAGCUGUAACCACACUGGUCAAGCACUGGUUGGUGUGUGGGUUGGGGCUCUCCUGCGUGGGAGCUGUUGGGAGGGGGCUGAUUGAUGUGAGAGGCUCCAUCUCUGCAAAAGCAGGAGCGGGGCAGCAGCAGGAACACUGGGCAAGGCUGCUGGAAAGGAGAGAACAACCUGCUGCACUAAAUCACAGAUCCCCUGGGGGCACAGCUCUGUGUUUAGCACCCUCAAAUGGCAUUCCUUUAUUACGGCAUCGCCGAGCGUGGUCCCUCUAGAGAGGAAGCAAACGGGCUCUGAAACAAUCUGCUGGCAACUCAGGCUGGAGCAUUUGAGGUUGUCCAGGGCUCUUUUGCUGUGUCACUCUUGCCUUUAAUGUUCCAGCUCGAAGGUUGUUGUUCUUUCGCCAUCCGAGUCCGUUAAGGCGCCGGUGAGAGAGUAUCUGCUCCAAGGCCAAGGUGUAGAAGGCAGUGAGAACAGGAGAUACCGCAGGGCAGCGUUGCUCUGGGUGUAAUCUGCCUUAUCAGCACGUGAUGCAAAGACAGGGCAGUUUUCACAGGACGUGGAGGCUGGGUGGUGACAUGUUUUCUGUCCUCUGUGAGAUCCACCACGCUAUUUCGAUUAGAGCGCUAACGUAACUCCCGGCAGGCUCGAAUCCUACUGCCAGCAGCUCUUUUCCCCCCCAAAGCCUGGUGCAGUGCUAAGGAGCAGAAGGAUCUCGUGUGUCCCAUUUACGCCGAGCUCUGGAGAGGAGGUGUUCCGUGGGAGGUAACGAGUUUUUAGGUGGCAGAGACACGGUGAAGCUCUGUGUGGGGCAAGGAGAGCUGAUGGGGGAGCCUGGGGUGUGACCCAGGAUGGACUGGCUGUGACGGCGUGCCUUAGCUGGAGAGGGAGUUACCAUGAAGAGUUCCUGCAGAGCUGGCCUCCACAGGGAACCGCUGAAUUCCACAUCCUCCACCUUCCACCAAGUCAAACGGGUCUCUGGUAUGCACUUAAAGCCAUAUCUCAAGUUACAGAAGAAAGAGCGAUCCCCAGAAAUAAGCCAGGAUUCCCUGCGAGGCCACCAGGGAUCAGCACAAGGAGAAAAAUACACCACCUGCACCAAACUGAGCGUCUUCCCCAAACCCUCCCUCGUGACUCCAUCUCAAAAGCUCCUGGGGAUUAUUUAUCCAAAUACUAUGUGCAAUAUGAACGGGAAGGGUCCAGCGGAUGGUCCGAGUGCAAGGGAAAAGAAGAACGCCCUGUCUGCAACGAUCCACCAGGGAGAGGAAGGGGAAGGGCCUCUGGAUGUCUGGGCCGUGGUGAAACCCGGCAACACGAAGGAGAAAAUCGCGUUCUUCGCCGCCCAGCAGAGCAGCAGCAGCAGCAGCAGCCGGGUGGGCUCCAUGAAAAUCAAGAGCACGUGGGACAUCGACGGGAGGACGGCCAAGCGCAGGAAAAAAUCGGUGGACCUCAAAAAAGCCAAGAUCCAACUGGAGAGGAUGAGGGAGGCCAACGCCAGGUGCUCCCAGCCCGAGCCUUUCGCCUGUGGCAUCGAGCACUGCUCGGUGCACUACGGGAAUGACAGCGGAGAGGGGGCGUUCCCGGGCCGGUCCCUCUCGGUGAUAGAGAUGGUGGCUUUCCUGGAGCAGCGAGCCAGUGCCCUGCUGGUGGACUGUGCUAAAACCUGCACGGCCGCUCCCGCCACGAGGCCGAGCGCUCAGCCCAAGGGGGCCCUUCCCGGCUCCGACCCUUUCUCCUCGGCCGGGGCGUGCGAGGCGCAGGCGGAGAGGGGCCCCGGCGAGCAGCAGGGAGAGCCCGUGCGGGUGCUGGACAUGGUGGCCAAGCUGGAGUCGGAGUGCCUGAGGCGCCAGAGCGAGCGGGAGGCCGGGAGCCUCUCCCGGAACAACAGCUUCCGCAGGAACGUCGGGAGGGUGCUCCUGGCCAACGGCACCCAGGCCGAGGGAGAGGCGGGGAAGGGGGUGCUGGGGUUUGGCUCAGGGGAUGGCUUGGGGGAGGCGGGGGUGGCAGAGGCCGGAUACGGGGGUCGUUGUGGUGCUCUGGGUGACGCCGAGCUGUGGGAUGGCGGCGCCUCUGCUCGGCGGCCUUUUCCUUCGGGGCUGGAUACCCGGAUGGGGAAUGUGAACUCGGGACUUGCUCACGCGGUGCUGGCGAUGGCAGCCGGCAGGAGCGACACUGAGACACGGAUUGAGCCCCCCGGAGCUCUGCUGUCCUCGUGUCCAGCUGCUGCUGCCAGGCUGCCGCCGGAUCCCUCGCCGAGCAAGGACGCGACUGUUGAUUGUACGUCAAAGGAGCCUGUGGUUUUCCCAAAGCAGAGCCUGCAUCCCGUGAGGAAGGAGCCCUUGUGCAUCAGUAUAUCCGUCACCAAGACCGAGAAAGGGUGCAGGAAAGAGAAGCUCUCCAGUUCCAGUGAGGAUUCUCUCCCGGGGAGGCUGUUUUUCCUCCAGGACGAGCAGCCUGCUGCUCGGGAUCAACAGCCACCGCGGGAGAGUACCCAAGAGAAGCCAGGAGAAGCAGCCCAGAACGAGGAGGAGGAUGCUUUGGCGUCCAGCAGGCCGUGUGUGAGGAGCAGUGUCCCUACAGAGCCAUCGGCCCCCUCUGUCCCUCCCACAGAAGGGGCUUUGCAAGUACUUGACGCUUCCUGCCUGAAAAGGCAGGUCUCGCAUGACUUUCUGGAGACCAGGUUUAAAAUCCAGCAGCUCCUGGAGCCUCAGCAGUACAUGGCCUUCCUGCCUCACCACAUCAUCGUGAAGAUCUUCGGGCUGCUCCCCACCAGGAGCCUGGUGGCCCUGAAAUGCACUUGCUACUACUUCAAGUUCAUCAUCGAGUACUACAACAUCCGGCCGGCGGACUCGCGCUGGGUGCGGGACCCGCGGUACCGCGAGGACCCCUGCAAGCAGUGCAAGAAGAAGUACGUGAAGGGGGACGUGUCCCUGUGCCGCUGGCACCCCAAGCCCUACUGCCAGGCCCUGCCCUACGGGCCCGGCUACUGGAUGUGCUGCCACCGGUCCCAGAAGGGCAUCCCGGGCUGCAAGCUGGGUCUCCACGACAAUCACUGGGUCCCCGCCUGCCACAGCUUUAACCGCGCCAUCCACAAGAAGACCAGAGGGGCGGGAGCCGAAGUGGAAGAGGAAUAUUAAGUGCACAUACACUUUUUUCCUGCGAGAUUGUUUGGGGUAGGAGGAGAUUCUCAUGCCUUGUGCUGUUUACAGUGUAUAUAUAAUUGUCGUGGUUAUUUUUUUUUUUGUUUUGUUUUGUUUUCCACAGGGCUAUGAAACUGCACAUACUCGAACACAAGAGCCUUUACCUUUUAGAUUAAAGAGAGCUUUUAGUCCAUCUCUGUAAAUAACACUAUAAAAAAACCCCUAAUUGUACAUACAGAGUCUACAGCUGGCUGAACAAGGUAACCCCCUACAAUGCAGCUAUCCCAGUGUUGCGGCUAUAGGUGUGUGUGUUUUUAAGUGUCUCGUUUCAAAAAAUCUGUAUAUUCCGCAUAAUAUAUGAAUGUUUCUGAGAAGAAACUCUAAAUAGGUAAAGGUCAACUUGUUUAAAGAAGCUGCAGACAACUAAACUGGACAACCUGAAACUUAGACUAUAGAACCAGACCCAUUAUAGUAGCGUGGCAGUGGAUUUAAAAAAAAAAAAAAAAAAAAAGAAAAGAAGAAAAAAAAGAAAGAGGAAUAUUAUUGUAUAGUCAGAAUAUUAAAAAAAAAAAGUUCUUGUCUACCUUACCCAUGAUGUCUGGAUUUUGGUUUUUUUGGUUUUUUUUUUUUUUUUUUUACAUAAAUAAAACGUGCAUUCUAGAUCUGCCUUACCAGACUUUCUCUUGUAAGACUUUUGCCCCGAAAUAAUAAAAAUGCUGUAAAACCCGUGGCAGAAA